UCUGCUGGGCGCCGCCAUAUUGCGCCCGCUCCCUUCCGUACGGACCGGAGGCGGCGGCGGCGGGGCCGGGCCCGGGCGGCUCCAGCCAUGUCCGAGACCUACGAUUUCCUCUUCAAGUUCCUGGUGAUCGGCAGCGCCGGCACCGGCAAGUCCUGCCUCCUGCACCAGUUCAUCGAGAACAAGUUCAAGCAGGAUUCCAACCACACGAUCGGAGUUGAAUUCGGCUCCAAAGUCGUCAACGUGGGAGGAAAAACUGUGAAACUGCAGAUCUGGGACACGGCCGGACAGGAGCGGUUCCGGUCCGUCACCAGGAGCUAUUACCGAGGAGCCGCAGGCGCCCUGCUCGUCUACGACAUCACCAGCCGGGAAACCUACAACGCGCUGACCAAUUGGCUGACGGAUGCUCGGACCCUGGCGAGUCCCAACAUCGUCAUCAUCCUCUGCGGGAAUAAGAAGGAUCUGGAUGCGGAACGGGAAGUGACGUUCCUGGAAGCAUCCCGAUUUGCCCAGGAAAACGAGCUGAUGUUCCUGGAGACAAGUGCCCUGACAGGGGAGAAUGUGGAGGAAGCUUUUCUGAAGUGUGCGCGGGAGAUCCUCAACAAGAUCGAGUCUGGGGAGCUGGAUCCAGAGCGGAUGGGAUCCGGGAUCCAGUUUGGGGACGCGUCCCUAAGGCAGCUGCGGCAGCCGCGGGGGGGGGCGGCCCCCCACCGGCCGGAACUGCGCCUGCUGAGCGCGGUGUUUCCGCCCUGCCGCCCCCCCCCAUCCAGGAUCACUCCAGGAUUCCCAUUGGGAUCCCCCCCCCCCCUUUCCUUGCUCCAUCCGGAUGCAGCCCCCCCCAAUAACCCCAUGGGGGGGGUUGGGUUGUACCAUUAUGGGGGGGCCUGA